GCGGGAGCAAAUGUCGCGAGAGUUCUCCAGGCCUACAACCGCCGAAGAAAGGUUACUUUUCCCGGAAGUAACGUCAAUCGAAACCGCUGGGGAUCCUGGGAAGCUUCGUCGCUGCAGGCUGAAGGUGCAGCGGGCAGCGCUAACGACCAGGGGCGGGAGCACGGCGGCAGCUGUGGCCAGUGGAGCUCCCACGUGGCGCGGGCACCGCCUGCCCCAUGUCCGGGCGGAGACGCAGAGACUUAGUGCCUGCGGCCAGAAGGCCGGGAAUUCAACCACACAUAUUCGCCCUCAGCGUGCCUUUCCCGAACCCUUUGGAGGCGAAAAUCGCCCAUGGGUCCCUGGCUCCAGAUGCCGAACCCCGCCAGAGGGCGGUUGGGAAGGAUCUUACAGUGAGUGGCUGUAUCCUUGCGGUCCGCUGGAAAGCGGAAGACUCUCGCCUGCUCCGAAUUUCUAUCAUCAACUUUCUUGACCAGCUUUCCCUGGUGGUGCGGACCAUGCAGCGCUUUGGGCCCCCUGUUUCUCGCUAAGCCUAUGCCGGGAAAAGGAGCCGAGGUCUGACCUUGCGUCUGCUAGGAAGUGCAUCAUUCCUUAGGGCAGUGAUUCCCACAGUAGUUGCUACUUUAGCGUAGGGGCCUAAGGUUUGCCUGUAUCAGCUCUUGGCUGUUCAGGGUGCCCUUGUUUUAUUUGAUGGUUUGUUAUGGCAGGAAAUAAAACUGAGCUGCUAUUCCAAGUCUUAAUUUCUUUUCAGCUGCAGCACCUCCACAUAUUCUCACCAUUGCCCCUCGGGUUGCAGGGGAGGUUGUGGGAUUCAGAUAUGCAAGUAGUACAAGGUAAUUGAGGACAAUUUAGGAAAUGGCAGAAAAUGAAAAUCUGUUGGGUCAUGUCAUUCAGCAUUAACUACUAUCAAGAUUUUGAAAUAUUUCCUCAGUUUUACAGUUAUGUUUAUGAAAUAAAUGUGUAACAGUAAUAUAUAAUU